AUGAUAAAGCUAAGAGAGAAUUACGCGCGGUUGUCGCAGGCUCGCUUUCAGCAGAAGCAACUGCAGGAAAAGGAGCAGAAGUUGCUGCAGCUUUACGACCAGCAACAACAACGAGCUUAUCAAGUGGUGCAACGAGGCAGCGCCGGUUCCAACGGCUCGAAUCAUACGGCCACCAUCAGCCAGCACACCAUCACAAAGACCUCGAGCAGCAGCCAUACAACCUCGACCUCGCAAGGUGGAAAGGUGAGGCAGAUGUUCGACGAAAGACGGCAAACAACGGUGAAAGGCAUCGACAGAAGUUAUCCACUGGAGCCGUUGGAGAACAAACCGCGGAAACAGGCGAACGGAAACAGCGUGCAGAAGAACGGAAAUUUGACGGUGAACCGACAGUCCGUGACUGUGAGGCGGGUUGCCCGGGCUGACGUGAACAGCAAUUUGAACGGUGGCAAGCCGGUCGUCUCGUAUCACGAGGAAAUCACUCGAGAAUCGUUCGGCCCGUCUGCACGCCAGCAUCAAGGAGGCGACGAGUUUGGAAACGAGAACCACGUCGCGCGAUAUACGAACGGCGACCAUCGAGACGGGAUACGCAUCGAGGAAGCUUUGGACGAAGAUAUGAUAGAAAGGAAUCGCAUGAUGGCGAAACUUCACCUGAUGGAGUACGACGAAUCGCUGAAGCAUCGUGUUAAAAACGACCUCGAGAGCGAGGAAUUCCCGGACGACUUUAUGCUGGAUGUUCCUGACAAGCUUCCAAAACAAAGUGUUACCAAGAAGUUAUCUCAAGCGGAGGCCAGGUUGGAGCGCUUUAAAAACGCCAACGUGAAACGUGGUAGCUACGUUACAAAGAACCCAACUAUCGCCCCAAAAAAACGAUCUGACCCAAUAUUCCCAGCAAAAUCUACUUCCAGGUACGUAGACAUACAAGCAGAAACAACAUGGAACAUUCAGUCUGAGAAGUCUGCUACCACGUACGCGAUUGAUUCGAGGACUGCGAAGAAAUUAUCGCCUGGAUUGUCGAAAGAUAGAAUGCAAAAAAGCGGCAGGUCGAAGAGUUUCACAAUCACUAGAGAAAAAUAUCCGACAGAGUUGGAUUACACGAGGACAUCGACGUUCAAAUCGCUUAAAGAUGGAAUGAGAAAAAGGCAAAGUCCCAGAUUAUUUUCCGAGGACAUCAAGAGACUGUCUUCUGAGGCCUCGAAAGAUGUCAAGGAACGAAGCGAAAGUCCGAAAUUUUUCUGCAAAGAAUCUGAGAAAUCAGCCACCAGUCACGCCACUGAUCCAAAGACUAUCAAAAAGUUCUCUUCGGGAAAAUCAGCCACCACUCGCGCGAUCGAUCCGAAAUCUGCAGAAAGAUUGAUCCAUGAAGUUUCGGAAGUCAUAAAAGACGUGAAACGACGAAGCGAGAGUCCAAAAUUCUUCUGCAAAGAAUCUGAUAAAUCGGCUACUACUUACGCGAUUGAUCCAAAGGCCGCGGAUAAAUCAAUCCGAGUGUCCUUGAGAGACAUGAGAGACGCUAAAAGCCGAAGUGACAGCCCAAAAUUUUUUUGCAAGGAGUCGGAAAAAUCCGCCACGACGUAUGCGAUCGAUCCAAAGGCCACUAAGAAGUUUUCUUCUGUGAGUUUAAGAGAUACUAAGGAUCGAACCGAUAGUCCAAAAUUCUUUUGCAAAGAAUCCGAGAAGUCAGCCACUACUUAUGCUGUAGACUCGAGUAGUCUUUCUGUCUCUCCUGAUCGUACAAACACCAGAGAAAGCUCUGUCUCGAAAAUGGAAAAAUCAAAAGGUAAAAAAGAUACAAUAAAGGAAUCUAUGAACGACAGGAUAAAGAGACACAUUGAAUCCCUCAAACAUGAUUCAACUAAGAGAUCUUCUUUUCCAAAAUAUGUGAAACACAACACGACAAGUUAUCCAAGACCUAACUACCCAAAGAGAUCUAAAUCUACUCCAUCUAAAUCAUCCAGCUUUCUAACGAGAGAACGCAGCUCGAGUCCUCAUUUUUUUUUUCGUGAAGGCAGAAAGUCAACCAGAAAAAAAAGCAUCGACGACAAAGACAAAUCCAUCUCCAGAUCCCCAAAUUUCAGCGAGAAAAGUAUAAAGAAACGUGGUGAAAGUCCAAGAAUCAUUGACGCUCAGGUCAAAUCAGAAUCGCCAGACCUCACGAAAAUAUUCUGCAGAAAAUCCAGCACAAGUCCACAGUACUUGUCAGACUCUGACAGAUCUACUACCUUCAUGAUGGUGACACCGAAAACGAUAACAAAACCGAGGACAGAGUCCGCGUACUCGAAAAGUCGAGAACAAAGUCCUACGUUGCCUGUUUCCAAACCCGAAAACGCUGUUACGGGUGUGCCAGCAGAACCAAAGAGGAAUCGGUCGGUGGAGAGCUACGACGAAAGUUCGAGACAGUUCAUUCGAAACUCGGUGUCACAAUUUUUCUCGCAGCAGUGCGAGAAAUCGUCGAGAAACGCCGAUGUAAGAAAGCACGUUCAAUCAGCGAAAAUCGGCAAGAACGGCUAUUCGUCCCGUGGCUCGUCCCCAUUGUCGCUGAAAGACAUGAGAACACCGAGUCCAACGAAGCCGCAAUUUUAUCGCGAACGUACCGAGAAAGCUGACAGGAGAACGAGCGUCGAUACAGACAGCAGUCGUGACUCGUCGCCUAAGUAUCGGAAAAUCGUGGACAGCAGAGAAGUAACUUCAGAAUUCUUCCGUCGCGGAACAGGGAAGUCCGCCGCCACUGUGGCUCUCGAGCCUAGAAUUUCCAGAAAUGUGAUCAAGGGAUCAUCCGAGGGUCUGAAAUCGAUUAAGCAAACAGUUUUGCGUGAAAUUGUAACAACAACGAAAAAUCUAUUAAAUAACGUGAAAAAUAAAUCGUCGAAAAGUCGCGACAACUGCUUAACUGCUAAGGACAGCGAUUAUUAUUCGACGAGGAAAAACAAGAAUAUAUUAAAUCGUUCGACGAAACUGAUUCGUGAUACCGCUAAAGGUAGUUCAACUACCAAAAACACGAAUCUAUUUAAUCGCAGGGGAUCUAACAAUGUUUUACGUUCGACAAAAUUGAUUCGUGACGUCUUGAAGCGUCAGACCGGUCGAAACCGAGCAAUUCUUGCCGCGGACAAAUCGCGGAGUUCCUGCGAGCGCGUGUUCCAGCAUACGAGUGGAAUAUCGAGCGAAUGGGAACAGCGAUCGAGAGUCGACAGGGUGCAGAAGGUGACAACAGUGAAUAAGAAAGUUGACGAAAAAGCUAGGACGCCGGCUGCUGGCGAACUUUCCGCCGCGAGAUCGAACCCGGAGAGUUGCACGUCCGCGCAAAUCGUUACGCCUGAUCAGUGCAUAAAACAGGAGAAGCUUCGAGGUACUUACUCGAGAUCGAGCAAGAAAACAGCCGGUCAGAAACCGGGCAGUGAAAGGUUGUUCACGUAUUCCGUGCGCAAGCCAAAGAGAGGAUCCUUGUUCGAGUCGGACAUAUUCGAACGAUCGGUCAAAAAUUCGAAAGAGGAGAAGCCGAUUAACUCGAGAUACAAAUCGCCAAAUGCGUCUUUGAAAAGGGAGACGGUCGUUGGUAGCUUAAAGAGUCGAACAAAGGGAGACGUGGCGAGUGAGAAGAGCGAAAAGAACGCUUUGAGACGAGCAGCAGGUUCGAUUCAGAUUGGAGAGAAAAAUAUGACUUCGAAUAAGUCGUGUAUGACGCAGUCGAUUAAUCGCGAUCCGAAACGAGGAAGAAUCGAGAGAAAUACGAAUCGGAGAAGCGAAACUAAAAUUUCGAGAGCUGGAGGGCAAACAUCGAGUCCAUUCAAGAUUCAAGAUAAAAUGGUGGAAGCGAAUUCGACAGAGAAUAAUCUGAACGAAACGAAGGAAACCAAGACAACAUUAUCCGAACAGGUACAGAUUUUGAAAUCCGUCAGUCUGGUCCAAAAUGUUACAAAAGAGCCCGAUUUCGCCGAAAAAUCUCGAAAAUUGUUUCACGAAACGAUAUCCGAUGGCACAGUUACAGAGAACCAAAUCACGCAAAGUGGUCCCGUAUCGUCGACGAUCGAUAUCAGAGAACCGGAGCUCAUCGUAGUUUCUAUAAAGGAGGUACCGUCGUCUAAGAAUUACGAGAGAACGGACUCGGUAGAAUCGGCAUUGAGACGUUUCGAUUCUAUCGGAAUGGAGACUGGAUCACAUCGAGGCACUUUGAAACGAAGCGUCGAAUCAAUAGCAGAAAAAAGACAAACGAAAUCUGGCGAAACCGCUGGCUCCACGAGUGACUCGAAGACGAUUUCUCUGGAAGCACUUGAUCGACCGGACGUAAAUCUAUCUUCAACUUCGAGAACAACUACGAGAACAAUCAGAACGUCUACAAACACGGAAGCUGGUGGCAAAGGAAGACAAGGGAAACUGCAAGGAACGCCAGGAAGAAAGAAUGCUCAGAAAAAGUUGGAGGGAGCCAGGGUCUCGAUGGAGAUGGCUCGAAUCGCCAUGAAAUCGAGAUCGUCUUCGUGCAGGCGGAAGCUUUUCCAGGACGGCGAUUCCAGCGAGGCGACCGAGACCGGAAGCACCGCGUCGAGACGUAGCCUCGAAUCCACGAGAACCGUGGAACAUCUCUCUACGCUGUUCAAUAAGAACAAAACGCCAGGCUCGAAGAACACGGCGUCCAAACGCUUCAAAUUCUCCGCUAGCAAUGAGACGUUGACUGAGAUGACAGACAGAGGGGAAACGGGUCAAGUGUCAACAGAUGUAGAUUGUUCUAUGUCCGUGAAACAGCUGAGAUCGAUCGAGGAUAUUCGUAGGUCCAUAGAGGACGAAAGUUCGGAUCGUAAAAGGGGGGAAACAUCGGUGAAGUCAGCAAUCGUAGGGAACGCGUUGAGAGAUUUAAGCGUGGCGAAAGCAACGGCACGGUCGCAGCCCCGUCGAAUAAAUAUCGAUGAUCGCGCUGGAAAUAGAAAAGAGAUAUCUUUGCCGAGACGAUCGGAGAACGUUACCGCGAGCAACGACGCUUUAGGGGAUACGGGGCGUUCGUCUGUAAAGUGUACGAUGCGUUUCUCCAGGGUGGCGAAAAGUCCAAGCCCGGAGACAACUAAGGCGACGGAAACGAGCACCCGUGCGAGAAGAACCGUCCCAGCACCACCGUCCAAGAGUCCAGACAUGGUCGCUAGGCGUCCGUCGACCGAGUUGAAAGCUCAAGACACAAAGUCGACGAAACAGCCAACGCCUAUGAAAGGCACCGAGCCAAUUGGAAACAGGAAAAUAACGACGACGACGACUGCGACGACAAACACUAGUACGAAAAAAUCGACGGAUGUCGUCGAUGGCGCUAUUCUCGAGAACGGUCUGCAUUUACGAGAUCAAACUGCCGAAACAAAAUACGAUAACGACUCAUUUACAACGAAGAAAAGCGAUGCUUUCGUCAUCGACUUCGACGAGCAACCGCCGAAGGAAAACAAUGCCCCACUUCCACGGAAAUCGCUCUUACGAAAACAAUCCACCGAGAAACAGAUUACUUCCGCGCAAUCAGCUCGACCUCCAUCGUCAGUUUCGUCCACCUCUAGUAGCAGUUCCAUGCAGGGUCAAACUUCCGGUUUGAAAAGCAAAAUGGCUUCCAGAGCAAAGACGCCAAUUUCCGGUUCAACAUCGUACAAAGGAUCAGCUUCUAGCAAAAUCGGAUCAGCAGCCGCAACUGACGCUCUGGUUUCUUGCAAAAUGUGUGGUCGCCGCUUCGCUCAAGAUCGAAUCACUCUUCACGAGCAAAUUUGUACGAAAACGACACAAAAAAAGAGGAAACAAUUCGAUACGAUGAUGUAUCGCGUAAAGGGCACCGAUCUUGAGCCAUUUGUCAAAAAAGGACUUGCCAAAAAACAGCUCGAGAAAUCGAAGAAACCAGAGGUGAAGUCGAACUGGCGGCGCAAACACGAGGAUUUCAUUAACGCCAUACGCUCGGCCAAGCAAGUGCAAGCACACCUGGCCGCAGGAGGCAAGCUCAGCGAUUUACCACCGCCGCCGGUUAGCGAUAACUGUGAUUACAUUCAGUGUCCCCAUUGCGGAAGAAAAUUCAAUAAGGCCGCCGCCGAGCGUCACAUUCCCAAAUGCGAGCACAUGUUGCACAAUAAGCCAAUACACUCGCGAGCGCCGAAACCGAAGCGUUAAUUCUCCCGGAAUCAGGUCUCCUAAAACGAUUCUUCUAUAUACACCGAACAGGAACAAGAUAGAUAAAAGUGCCUUUAUUUUAGGGAAAGUGAAUUUCAAAUAAAAUUUGAGAAUAGAAAAGAAACUAGAACGGGAGGAAAUUGAUACGUGAGGUGUGACAUUAUGUAAAAGUAAACUAUAGAAGUAUACGCGUAAUUGUGAUAGUUUUAAUAGAGCACAGCUUUCAUAAAAAUAUCCUUGCCUCUAUCUUGUUCAUGAUCAAGCAUUACGUUGAUUACGAAUUCUUGAAAAAUUUUGGUAUUAUUAUAAUAGUAUGGAAGCUUAUACAUACAUAAAUGAAAAAAAUGGACCAUCGAAAACACAGAAUACACGAAGCGUUUGUAAAAUUUGCCGGUUUCCUGCGUGUAUUUUGGACAAAUGUAUUUUUCAAUCACACUGAUAAAUAAAGUAUGAAUUUUCUCUACACGCUGUAUAUAUGUACGUAGCGAAACGAACUUAAAUAUUUGAUCAUUAUUUUUCAAAAAAAAUAUGCAGGCAAAAAGAUUUGCAGAAAUAGUGUGU